GGGCGGCGGCCGGGUGCCGGGCGUGGCGGCGCGGCGCGGCGGUCGGGGCGGAUCCCGGGCCCGGGCGGGGCGGUCGGCGCCGGCCCGGCCAUGGCGGACAGCGAGAAGCUGGACAACCAACGGCUCAAGAAUUUCAAGAACAAAGGCCGCGACCUGGAGACUAUGAGAAGACAACGAAAUGAAGUUGUAGUUGAAUUAAGGAAGAAUAAAAGAGACGAGCAUCUCUUAAAGAGAAGGAAUGUGCCCCAUGAUGAGAUCUAUGAAUACUCCGACAUAGACGGGGAUUAUAGAGCGCAAAAUACCUCUCUAGAAGCUAUUGUUCAAAAUGCUUCAAGUGACAACCAAGGAAUUCAGUUAAGUGCAGUUCAAGCUGCUAGGAAACUCUUAUCCAGUGAUCGAAACCCACCAAUUGAUGACUUAAUAAAAUCUGGAAUAUUGCCUAUUUUAGUUCAUUGUCUUGAAAGAGAUGAUAACCCUUCUUUACAGUUCGAGGCUGCCUGGGCCCUGACGAACAUCGCAUCCGGGACCUCUGAGCAGACGCAAGCAGUCGUCCAGUCCAAUGCUGUGCCACUGUUCCUGAGGCUUCUCCAUUCACCUCAUCAAAACGUCUGUGAGCAAGCGGUGUGGGCCUUGGGAAACAUCAUAGGUGAUGGGCCACAGUGUAGAGAUUAUGUCAUAAGUCUUGGCGUCGUGAAGCCUUUACUUUCUUUCAUAAGUCCAUCUAUUCCUAUAACUUUCUUACGAAAUGUCACCUGGGUUAUGGUCAACUUAUGUCGCCACAAAGACCCACCACCCCCUAUGGAGACGAUUCAGGAGAUUCUUCCAGCUCUUUGUGUUUUAAUUCAUCACACAGAUGUAAAUAUCCUGGUAGAUACGGUCUGGGCGCUGUCCUACCUCACGGACGCCGGCAACGAGCAGAUCCAGAUGGUCAUAGACUCGGGAAUCGUCCCGCAUCUGGUCCCGCUGCUCAGCCACCAGGAGGUUAAGGUUCAGACGGCUGCUCUCCGAGCUGUGGGCAACAUUGUGACGGGGACCGAUGAGCAGACACAGGUCGUGCUGAACUGCGACGCGCUUUCACACUUCCCAGCGCUCCUGACGCACCCCAAGGAGAAGAUCAACAAAGAAGCGGUCUGGUUCCUCUCGAACAUCACCGCCGGGAAUCAGCAGCAGGUCCAGGCCGUGAUCGACGCCAACCUUGUUCCCAUGAUCAUACACCUUCUGGAUAAGGGGGAUUUUGGCACUCAGAAGGAAGCUGCUUGGGCCAUUAGUAACUUAACAAUUAGUGGAAGGAAAGAUCAAGUGGCUUACCUAAUCCAACAAAGUGUUAUCCCACCUUUCUGCAAUUUGCUUACUGUAAAAGAUGCACAAGUUGUCCAAGUAGUACUUGAUGGUCUAAGUAAUAUAUUAAAAAUGGCUGAAGAUGAGGCGGAAACCAUAGCCAAUCUUAUAGAAGAGUGUGGAGGACUGGAGAAAAUUGAACAACUUCAAAAUCAUGAAAAUGAAGACAUCUACAAAUUGGCCUAUGAGAUCAUCGAUCAGUUCUUCUCUUCAGAUGAUAUCGAUGAAGACCCUAGCCUUGUUCCAGAGGCCAUACAAGGUGGAACAUUUGGUUUCAAUUCAUCUGCCAAUGUACCGACGGAAGGGUUCCAGUUUUAGAAGGAUGUUGUGGAGUCAGGUCCGAUGCAGCACUGAGAUACACAUAUAUAUACGCGAAUCGAGAGGUUUGAUCCAUCCGGCGCGGCUCAUGGGGUCUGCUGCUGCAUUCAAUCGGGAAGGAAAAUGUGAAGAUUUCAUUUGGAAUCACAGAAAAUGCCCAAAUGAGGUCAAGAUGGCGAGUGGGUGCGAGUGAGAGUGAGUGGCAAAAUGUAAUGAAAACUUUACAUGGAUGCUUAUUUAGGUUGUUCCGAGUCCAACAAGGGCUGCAGGUCACGGCUCUCCCGUGCCUGAGCACUGUGCAGUGCUGUCAUCUUCCAGCCCGGAAGCAUGAGAGAACAGGGGCGCGCCACGCAAGGAGGCGAGGCCGCGCCUUGCGGGGAGCAGUGUGUGAGUGGCGGCGCUGAGUGAGUGUGGCGCAGUGACGCCGAGCCGGUCACCCCGGCGGGCGCUUCCCCGGGAAGCCGACUCCAGCCCCGGCGUGAGCGGCGUGUGGGUGUGGUGCUGUGUGUGAGCGCGUGCGAGCUUGACUGGCCUUCGGGGCUGGCGACAGACCUGGUAGAUCACCGAGCGACGGCGAGUGUUCUGGACGCUGGACACGAGAGCCAAGGCGCGUCAGCAGCAGACGCGGUCUCCCCGCGGCCCGGCCUGCCUCCGCCGCCCUUCCCGCCCUCCUCCCAGUUCCUUUGUGGGGUUUGGUUUUGUUUUUUUUUUUUUCUUUUUUCAUUUUAGUUUUUAUUUACUUUACCUAGUAUGGCUUUUUAGUUGCUUCUCAAGUCAGAAAACCUUUCAGGAAGGGUUCCCUGUGCAUUUGCACCAGAUGAAUGUUUGAUGCUAUGAAAAGCUUUCCAUAUCAUCAGAACUAAUUUGUGUAGAUUUUUGCAUGGAAAAAAAUCAUAAAUUUCCCUCAAAAUAGACUGUGUUGCAGUACACAAGUUGCCAUAAUAGUAUAAAACAGUAAAAUGUGCUUUACAAAGCACCCUUUUCAUUUUCACAGAUAACAUAAAGUCCGUUGCAUGAGGUAAAUCUACAGCAUAGUUCAUUUUUAGAUUUUGUUGAGUCCUGUAAAGAAGAAAAAAAGUUUCAGUUGUGGUAGAAUACCGUGCUGUGUUUAAAUGUUACUUGUUUUCAAACUUUGUUUUCUAUGAAAAUGAUAUGGAAACUUCUAAAAUGGAAUUUGGUGCAUAUGUACUGCUGAAUAAAAGACCGAGAAGAGGGUUGAGUAGAUGUACAAAUCAAGUAAUGGUUUGAACACCUUCAAUAAUAUGCCUAAUCUGUUCAGUUGUUUUAGAAUCUUUUUACCUUAGAUGUAGGCAGCCAUGAACAAUCUAUUUUGAGCCACUUUAGGGAGAAAACUUUGUAUUUUUAAAACUUGCAUAAAAGUUAUGCAAGUGGUUUUUAUAAAUUGGAAUAAUACCUUAGUUUUGAGGUCAUGCACACUAAAUUAAAUGUGACAUAAAUGGAUUUGUACAAAAGAACUCUUUAUAAGGUGGCUCACUGUAGGAGAGCCUGCGCCCCCCGGGGCACACGCGUCGCAUGGACAGCAGUUGCUAUCAGAAGCAUCCCAGGUUAGCCACCAUUAGCAUCUAGAUCUACUUUGUGUUUAAAAAUCAACUGGUAAUUCUGAAACACUGUAGAAUGGAUAAAGAUUAUUUUGUGAUCAUAACUCUUUGUUGAACUAGAGUAUUUUUGCAGCAUUCCUUGUCAUCAAAAACAUGGUUAAAGUUUAAAACUAGAAGCAGCAAAAACUAGCUUGUAAAUUUAUCCAAGUAGACUGCAGGCUAGGCUGUCUUGGGGAAAUAAACAUUAAAACUUCAAGCAAUGUUUUACAUGGGA